AACUGGGAGGAAGUGUAAUCCGAUAACACUCCCUCGGCAUUGCCUCAUCGCUCUUGUCGGCGUGCCUUUCCCCCUUGAAAACACCAUGGAGUUGUAGCGAGGUGGUUUGUAUUUCAUCUCCAAACACUCCCGUUGCAAGAAAGACCAGAGCGGCCAGCUUUUGUCUGUGUUUUACCAGGCCGUUGUUAUUGCUAUCACUCCGCGGUGCGUGGUUCGGCUCGGUGGUCGGGAGAGGCUGCAGACAUGGGGGACCGCGGUGGCUCGACUGUCGGCCUGCUGUCCUACGAGACGCUGGUCCAUGCUGUGGCAGGUGCAAUGGGGAGUGUGACAGCCAUGAGCGUCUUCUUUCCUCUGGAUACAGCCAGGAUCCGACUACAGGUGGAUGACAGUCGGAGGUCUAAAUCUACCCCCGUCAUCCUGGCUGAGAUAGCAAAGGAAGAGGGCCUGCUGUCUCUGUACAGAGGUUGGUUCCCAGUCAUCUCCAGCCUCUGCUGCUCCAACUUUGUCUACUUCUACACCUUCAACUCACUGAAGAGGAUGACAGUAUCCGGCCAGCACAAGUCCAGACCUGGAAAAGACCUGCUUAUGGGGGUCAUAUCAGGGGCAGUGAACGUGAUCCUGACCACGCCCAUGUGGGUGGUCAACACUCGACUGAAGCUGCAGGGGGCAAAGUUCAGAAAUGAAGAUCUCCAGCAGACCCACUACAAAGGCAUAUUUGAUGCCUUCUCCCAGAUCAUAGCCAAUGAGGGGGUGACCACUCUGUGGAAUGGCAUCCUGCCAUCUCUCGUGCUCGUCUUCAACCCAGCUGUGCAGUUUAUGUUCUAUGAAGCCAUGAAGAGGAAAGCAGGCAAAGGAGGGAGGAAGAUAUCCUCGGCAGAGAUCUUUGUCAUUGGAGCCGUUGCCAAAGCCAUUGCUACCACAGCGACAUAUCCCCUGCAGACAGUUCAGGCCAUCCUCAGGUUUGGCCAGUACAAAGGUGACGGCAGGGGUGGAGCAUUUGCAAGCCUUCGUAACGUACUCUCCCUGCUGCUGGAUAGAAUCAAGAGGCACGGUGUGCUCGGCUUAUACAAAGGCCUGGAGGCCAAGCUGCUGCAGACGGUACUGACAGCUGCCCUCAUGUUUGUGGUGUAUGAGAAGAUCACCGCAGCCACCUUUAAAGUCAUGGGCCUGAACAAGAAACUGAAGCACUGAGCGCUAACUUGAAUAUGACAAGGGUUGGUUUCUCCUGGGCCCUGUGUCAGAGCAGGAAACCAGGCCAGCACUGGAUGACAACAGGGUGUUAGGAGGUUUUACUGAAGCCUAGCACUGAUAUGUUAGGACAGGAACUCUUACAUCAGUGUGGAGAUUUAGGGCUGUGAUUAGUAACUGUAGGGCUACAGAUUCUCAUCCUCACCCAUAACAUGUACAAUAACCAGUAGUGGGCUUUUGUGGUUAGUUCCUGUUAGGGCUGGGCGAUAUGGACAAAAUCAGCUAUCACAAUAUUGAUGUCGUAGGGAUGACAAUUGGUGCUUUCAUAAAAGAUUUUUAAUAAAGUCAUCAGUAAUGUGGAUCUAAUGAUCAAGCAGGCAGAGGCAAAUAACAACAGCUACAACAAUCUAGUUAGUUUAGAAAACUGUAGGGAUUAGACAGCCCCUGUGUUUUAUCACGAUAUCACAAAAAUGAAAAUCCCAGCCGAUAUCUGGUGUCAUAUCACGAUAUGGAUGUAAUUUUGAUAUAUACUGUCCAGCCUUAUUUUCUAUCCAGUAAUAAUUGACGUCCCUCUACUCUCAACCCCAGAGCUGUUCUCUUCAUGCAGACUGGUCUUUUCUUUCUUCACUUGUCACCCUCUCUUGGCAUGGUUGUCAUUGAUCUUAUCGGAGCUAAUUUUCUAAAGAUUUCUGUGAAAACUAAAUUUUGUACCCAAUACUAUUCCUGACUGCAGGCACUUAAUUUCAAAGCAGAGGCUGUAGUCAUCCUCUGCUUCUGCCUCUUUAUUUUCUUCAGUAUUUAAUGUUUAAUUAAUUUGUUGAGCGUGCUGGUAAAGUGGCACCAAUCUUAAAAACUUUAUGAAAUAGACAACAGCAUCAUUUCUCAGUUUCAUAUCAAUCACAGUUCAUAGGUAACUGUGAUUCUGGCUUCUCAGCUGCUGGUUACUGAGUUUGGUGCCUUCACUUCAAACUGUAAAGCUAAUGGCAUCUGUACUUAAAGAAUUGAAAAACAAAAAAACUUCUAUUUUAAAACUAGUAGAAACAUUACCGGUAUAUAUUUCUACAACACAAAGUAUGACCAGAAGCCAAGCCACAUCCGCCUCUUAGAUCGAAGCCAUGGGACCAUUCUUUAUUGUCUUAUGUUUUAACUUGGCCUUGGCUAACCAGUGCAACUCCUUAAUACUUUACUGUAAGACAUUAACCUCAUGAAAUAUCUGCUAACUAUUUAAAUCUGUUUGCUGAAGAUGUGACUAUUACAUGCAAAUUUUACAUGGCUCUAUAGCUGCAGAAAUGAAAACAGGUCAGAGGGUCUGUCUUAUGAAAGCAUUACAUUUUUUUCAUGUAAAGGAAAAAAACAAGUUGAAAAGUGUGGAACUCCCAUUAAAACGUGUGGAUGUGUAGCAUAAAAUCUAAAACUACCUCUUAUGGGUUCAUAAAUGUGUUUGGGUUUUAAUUAAUUAGGAGAGAAUGGAAUGAAAUUAAAAAUGAGUGUGAUCUGAGUGCAGGAUAUGAGCAGACAGGAGUGUUAGAGAACAAGAACGAGCUGCGGUGCCUCUUCAAAACAAAAAUGUCUGUACUAUUAAUAUGUUGUAUGCGCUUCAUCACUGCAAGUACUGUUAAAGGUGUACUGUACACUCUACCCAUGAUGCACUGAAUUCUCCGUCUGUGGCCUUAAUGAUUUUGUUGGUCAGUAGGUUAAUCCACCCACGUUAGUCGUCUCGCAGGUGUGUGUAAAUAAUUUAGGUUUCAGACUGGCUACGAUACUGUUUGGUGGUCACAGUGUUCUCACUAAUAUGGUCAAGUUUGGUUACUGCUGUGUUAGAUCUUAAACUGAACAACCCUUUAGGUGUUUACUGCUGUUGUACACAGUGUUUUGUUCUACCCGGCAACUGUGGGAUUGUUCGGUAAGAUGUGAUGUACUCAUCACUACAAAUGGGAUGAGUGUCAGCAGUGCUUUUUAAGAUCCCGUUUGGGAACUCACAAGCUAUUCAGUGUUCACUGGAUUAAUGAGUUCAUUCUUCACGUUAAUUUUCAAUGCCUCUUUCAACAAGCUAUUUUUCUUCCUUGUCAGAAUAAACAUGGCGUCAUUCCAUUGUGUUGUCUUAACAGUUUAUAUGAAAAUAGUCAGACUGCUGAUGCUGUACUUACUUGAAGUCAUCAUAAUUCACAGUACAACUUAUUUGUGUAAUACUUCUUAAAUUCUUGUAAUGAACGUACUGCUCUUUUUGGAAUGGUAACUUAUUGUUAUAACUUGGGAAUAAAAGUAAUUGAAACAA